AUGGCGAAUACUGGUGCAUCAUGUGGGCAUGUGCAAUUGCAUCGUGGACGCAAACACCAGUUGCCAGUCUUAGCGUUUGACUUCUCCUUCGCAGAUAAUGCUCGAGGAGGAUGUAACGAUGGACGAGAAGGGUUUAAUGCUCAGCCAGCCGGAGCAAUAGCAGGAUUAUCACGAGCAGAGCAUAAGUUCCAUCGCGAGACAUCUGUCUCUCGGACCUUCACGGCCAUUUGCUCAAAUAUUGCAAAAACCUUGACGAUGGACCGACCAGACAAAAAGUCUGACACAGAGGGGCCGGAAAGGCAUCAGGGUAGCAGAAAGGAGGCCGAGUCUUCCAGGUCGCGAACCACAGAAUAUCUCGAGGACGACGCGAAUUCGAGAAGCGGUGGCUGCGGGAACAGCAAGAUGGAAACCGAUACUGGAGUACUUGCGGUGAUUAUGAACCAGUCCAUCCUUUCCCCUUGCCCAGUCGCCGCAUCCCUAUCUGGAUAUGUCAUGGAUGAAAAGCAGCGUUGUGGCGUGAAUGAGAGCAUCGUUGUGUUCACCGUGCGGCACUUGUUGCGGGUUGAGUGCGUGGCCCUCUCAGUACUUCCCAAUGUAAGCGCCGGAGAGAUGCAUCGUCCCCUACACAUAAUCCGAGGGGGGAUCAGAUCAGUCAGAUACAAGAAGAUAUACGUGUGCAGGACGAAUUGGUAUCAAACCAUUGCUACUAAACUCGGAGGGGGAAAAGCCCAUGUUUCAACCAGCGAGGUAUGCUUCGAGCCAUACCCCAGAUUGACGAACGUCCUCAUCUACGUGAUACCUAGAUUCAGAGGGCGUGGAUACCCAUGCAGGGAAAUAAUCAAAGUCCGCCUCGGGUCGGGCCUGAUUCUGACUGCUCAGAUCGAGGAGAAGGCGAGUUCUGGUCACAGCCACAGAGACGACCAACCCAGUCGUAUUCCGAUAGAGUUGUUGUCAAUGUUGAAGAGCUCUAACCUGACCAUGUCUUCGCUACCUAGUCGAGGCUCCCCACUCGACAUGUCUUGCGCUUGUGCAAAUGGUGUAAGUUGUCUUCGGUAUAGAUGCUACCAGAAUAACUUCUGUGGGCUCGGAAUAAGCCCUGAGCUGUCUGUCUACCAAUCCACCCUUCUGGACCCAUCCCUGUGCUUCCGAGCUUGGGAUCUUCGCGACCCUUUUGUACAUGUCAAUCCCAUCAUCUAG